AUGUCUUCAUCGUGGUGGAUUGAUCCGGUCAGAAGGGAACGUUACGCGAUUGUGCCGCCGACAUUCGAACGCGCAUUCAGUAACAUGUUCGAGGAUAUGAUGCGUGAUAUGAGUCGUCCCUAUCGAAGCGUUGCACCGUACUGGCUUGAACAACCCCAGUUGCACGAAUGCAAUAUUGGCAAUACUGUUGGACGCGUGGUAGACGAUAAGGACAAGUUCGCGGUGGAGAUGGACGUGUCACAGUUUCAUCCAGAAGAGUUGAGUGUGAACGUUCGUGAGAACGAGUUGGUUGUGGAGGGUCAUCAUGAGGAACGCAACGAUGCGCACGGCUCGAUCGAGAGACACUUCGUCCGCAAAUACAUCAUCCCAAAAGACACACAUCUGGACGCGAUCGUUUCGCACAUCAGCGAUAAAGGCAUCCUCUCAGUCACUGCACCCAAGCAAAACCAACAGUUACCAGCAGCUCGCUCAAUUCCAAUUCAAGCCGCACCUCGUCAACCUGCCCACAAGUCAGCAGAUGCUCCCAAACCAGAUGAAUCGAAAAAGGAGUGA